AUGGGUGAACCAAUCGUCAACGGCGAGAAGGUCCAUUCUCAAUUCCUCGACCACCUCACCUCUUACCCCGUGGUCUCCGACUCCAUCGCCGUCUUCAAGGGCAACCCAUACGGUGCCAAGUCCAUCGAGUUUGCCGACCAAGGCUACACCCGCUUGGCCAAGCCCGUCCUGCCCUACUUCUCUGCGCCCUACAACUAUGUUGCACCUUACCUUGCCCGUGCCGAUACUUUCGGUGACAAGGGUCUGAGCCAGAUUGAUACUCGCUUCCCCAUCGUCCGAGAAGAUACCCAGAAGAUCCGCGGUACUAUCUACAACACCGCUGGCUACCCGGUGCGCGUCGCAGGCGAUGUCAAGCACCACCUCUUCGACACCUAUGGUUCGGAAUACAAGAAGUGCGGUGGUGAUGGCAUCUUUGCCUCCGGAAAGGCGGUUAUCACGACUAGCUUGGUGAUUUCGCAGGAGUCGUUGGCGUGGGUCCACACCUGGUUGCAGACUGCCAAGGACGAAGUCAAGGAAGUCGUGAACGAGAAGACCAACAACCACUGA